AUGAAUGUAUCCUUCAAUAAUUUCCAAUUUCCAUAUCACCAACCAUCGUCUCAAGCCUUUCUACGCAUCCUUGUGCUAAAUUCCUGGUGUUCUUCGAUUUCUCUUCAUCAUCCAGCAAGGUCUCGAUUUUCCAACCAGAGUUAUCUUUCCAGGCUAUACAGUAAUUUUCUGGACACCAUUAUGGAUGAGACAAAAAAUAGUGAUGAUUUUACCUUUUGGCAAGUUGGUGAUGAGAAGAAAAAUGAACCAAAAGGUCUUCCAGAUGUCAGCAGUAUGAGUAUAGAAGAUAAAAACAAAAGUAGUGGAACUAUUUGGGGUGAUAAUUCCAAUAAUAAAGCUGAUGUGGCAAAACAGGAGAAAGUUGGAUCCUUGACUUUUAAGGUUAUUGAUGCGUCUUCACAAAGAAAGUCAACGGAACCUUCCAAACAAGCAGCAGGGGUAGAUGUGGAAAGUUCAAAUAAUGCAUCACAAAAACCAAAAAGUGUUGGAAAGAAGCCAGUUUCAAGGGCAAAAGUUCCUUAUCAAAUUGGGUAUAGUCAUAUGGAUUGGCUCAAGGUUACUAGAACACAUCCUGAUUUAGCAGGUAAUUCAAUUCUUUGA